UGGAUGUUGUUGAUCACUUCCUUGAACGUUUUUCGCUGUUUACUUGUAGGAUAAUGGCCAGAGAAUACGAUCAUUUGUUUAAAUUGCUCAUAAUAGGAGACAGCGGGGUCGGUAAAAGUAGUUUACUUUUGAGGUUUGCUGACAAUACGUUUUCAGGAACCUACAUCACAACAAUAGGUGUGGACUUCAAGAUUCGCACGGUCGAUGUUGGUGGUGAGAAAGUCAAACUACAGAUCUGGGAUACAGCUGGCCAGGAGCGAUUUAGAACAAUAACAUCAACGUAUUACCGGGGAACUCAUGGUGUCAUUGUUGUCUAUGAUGUUUCUAGUGGAGAAUCAUUUGCCAAUGUCAAGAGAUGGCUUCAUGAAAUAGAUCAAAACUGUGAUGUUGUUAAUAGGAUAUUGGUGGGAAAUAAAGAUGACGAUGCUGAUAGAAAGGUCGUGUUGACUCAGGAUGCCGAGAGAUUUGCUGACCAGAUGGGGAUCCAGCUUUUUGAAACCAGCGCCAAGGAAAACAAAAAUGUGGAAGAGAUGUUUUUAGCAAUUACUAAACUAGUACUGGUAUCGAAGAAAGAAUCCCAGAAAAAGCAGGCCGACCAAUCACAACAGGGCAUUCGACUCGGUUCAAAGGAAGCCAAAGAAAAAAAGAAAUGUUGUUGAUUUUAGAAUAAUAUAGACAUUGUAACAUAAUUUAGAUAUAAUAAUUGAGUCAUAAUUGGGCAGAUUGAUGUCACUAGCUGAAGACUUAAGCACAAACUGUAUCAUAUGAGAACUACAUGAUUAGUGGUACUGAGAAAACAUAAGGAUGUAUAGUAGCAUUAAUUUGUAGAUAUUCAUUUGUGAUGUCAUCCGAUGAGAUAAGUAAUCAUUCCAUCUUCAGUGGAUGUGUAUUGCACUGGACUCUGAGCAUUGAAUGUUUGUGUAACUCAUUUACGGGUUAUGCUAAUUGUUUUUACAGGUAAGCCAUUUCAUGUUGCAUAACCCAUUGUAAAUCAGGUCCUAAAUAUAAUGUGUUAAUAAUAAUAAAAGGUUUUUGUAAGACCAGAUUUGCACGAGAAAUGCAUGAACAAAUAAAUCGUUUAGGUCAUUUUGAGAGGCCCGCUUUAGUAUGUGGGAUCGGGAAGGCAACAUCAGAAUACCAUGGCUUUAAACUCGGUAAUGGGUGUGAAAAGCACGUCUGAAUACAAAAAAUAGUGCUUUUUGUGCUCUGUAAAAUAUAUUAUGUUCAUAAUAAAAUGUAUUAUUAAAUAAAAAUCAUUUUCAUUUCCAAAAUCAUCUACUUUCUUUGUACAUAAAGAAAGUCAUUGGUAAUAAUAUAGAUGUGUUAUAAAGUGUAACUCUCUGCUUGUCGUGGUUGUUUAAAACUGCAGAAUCUGUCUAGAUGGUUUCUCAAUCUCACAGGAAACCACUCUAAAACUACAUUUUAAAAUCUAUUAAGUUUUGGCCGAUAUGCAGAAGUAAAGUUAUGCUGUAUGGGGCCGAAAAGGUGACGGGAUCCAUCCCUGUCAUUGAGCCCAUUUAAUGAUUGCCAUUUCCAACCAGUCCAAAAACUGGUAUAUAAAGUCCAAGGUAUGUGUUGAUCCAUAUGUUGAAAAGUGCAUGUGCAAUAGUUUUGGUGGCAGCAGUGGGAUUCUUCCAUAAUUCUUUAGAUCCAUAAUUCUUUAGAUCAGGCUGCAUGUUAUUUUAGAGUCUAGACUCGAGACUCUUAACAGUCUGAGUCUUUAAUGUCAUGGCAAUGUAAUACAAACUGCAUGCUUGUGACAUUAGAUAUUGAGUCUAGUCUAAAGGUUUUAUAAGAAAGCCAUGUGCUUGGUUGUAAUGACCAUAUAUAUAUGAUAUCUGAUAGUUAACACAGGGUGCUGGGGUGUCGUUAUACAUUCCUUUCUUUUCUUGUGGCCCAACUUGUAUUGACACUUCAUUGGAUGGUGGGGAAGAGCUUGCCCUGAGGUUUUUUUUAAAGUUCCAUAAUUUACGUAUAACCUAUAUAUAGCAUAACUUAAAGGGACAUUCCUGACUUUGCUGCAAUAUUUAAGAUGUUGUCAACUAACAGAGACAUUUUGACGACUAAUUACAUAUCAAAUAUAUUUUUCUGCAUAAAAUAUUAGUGGC